AUGGCCCAUGCCCCCAAUUGCAGAUUCGGGUUAGGGUUUCAGUUUGAAGCAACUAAAACGGGAUUAUCUUUCUCUCUCACAUUCACUGUGUCAGUCUCUCGUUUGUGCUGCCUUCGUUUGCCUUUCUCGCACUGAAGAAUUAACGCACAUAGCAAGCAUGGCAGUCACAUUCUACGACCUUAGCUCUGCCUCUGGGUUGAAGAAGCUUGAUGAGUACCUUCUCUCACGCAGUUACAUCACCGGGUACCAAGCUUCAAAGGAUGAUCUCACUGUCUAUGCAGCUUUGCCAACUGCUCCAUCAACUGAGUAUGUCAAUGUGUCUAGGUGGUUCAAGCACAUUGAUGCUUUGUUGAGAAUCUCUGGUGUUUCUGGUGAGGGAUCUGGUGUCACUGUUAAGGGAUCUCUUGUUACUGAGCCUGUUGCAACUCCCCCAGCUGCUGAUACAAAGGCUGCUGCUGCUGCUGCUGAGGAUGACGAUGAUGAUGAUGAUGUGGAUUUGUUUGGUGAAGAGACAGAGGAAGAGAAGAAGGCAGCGGAGGAACGGGCAGCUGCAGCGAAGGCAUCUGGAAAAAAGAAAGAAUCCGGGAAGUCAUCUGUUCUGAUGGAUGUGAAACCAUGGGAUGAUGAAACGGACAUGAAGAAGCUCGAGGAAGCAGUGAGAUCUGUUAGCAUGGAAGGCUUGCUUUGGGGUGCAU